AUGGCGAGCCCCAGAACCGGUAUUCAUCCACCAGGCCCAUCAAAAUUCCUGGAGCUACCAGCAGAAUUACGCAAUUCCGUGUACGAGCUCGUUGUGGCGGAACUAGAGGACGUCCACCUGAACAGCAAAGGCGUCCCACUGAGGCACGCUUUGAUGCAAACGUCUGUUCAGCUGCGUAACGAGUUCGGACCGAUGUGGACGGAGUCCGCUGUGAAGAAGGCAAAACGGAUUGUCGUUCACGUCGUCGACUUCGACAUCGCUGACAUCGACAACAUCGACGACACCAUCUCUAAGCAAAUUGUCAGUCACAACGCCGAACUCAACGGCGCUGACAUCGGUGACUACGAAGUAUAUGACAAAUAUGGCGAUCUUAAGUACACCAUCUCCAGGCAAGGCAUCAAGCAAAGAACACCGGUACUUGUUCGCGUGUCAUUAACGCCAGGGACCUUGCACCGCGACUCCACUCUCGAGCAGUUUUGUCUGGAUAUUAGCGGAACGUGGUUCUUUAUACGUUCACGUCUGACUAUCGCAGUGCACCCGAUCAGCAAUGCCGACCUUGACAAAGCAAGCGCACGGGUAGGCAUACGGGGAAGGAAACCCCCUGGCCAUCCUCGCUACGUUUGCCCAUCACUUCACAUGGACUACUCCAGGAUGCGGCAGAAGCUGUACGAUGCCUGCAGACUGUGA